AGGAAGUUUUGCCCUGCAUACGAACAGAAGUCCACUGCAAUUUCUUGAAACGGUCUGGAUGGUCUUGGCUUCGUGAUAAUUGGCUCCUUCGGCAGCGAUGGUAGGUGGUCUUGGCAUUGCUUGCAUGACAGGAUGACGUUUUCGAUCGAUGGAUGACUCGGGAUUGUUUUGCGGGUCGUACUCUGCCAUCAGCUCAUGUGGUACGGGAUUGGAGACAGGGUUCCGAGAGAGAGCGUCUGGGGCAUUGUUCAGAAUGCCUUUGACCCAUUGAGCCGUGCAGUUGUAGGCCAUGAUCCUGUUUUUGAGGCGCUGGAGGCGUGGGUUCUCUAUUUCGUCAAGCCGGUGACUGUUGAGGAUCGGUAUGAGAGGGUGAUGGUCGGUGACGACGGUGAAGUGAGGAAGGCCCGCGAGGAACAGCUUGCAUUUGGUGAUGGCCCAUGACACAGCUAGGAGCUCCAACUCAAUGAUGGCAUACCUGGACUCCGCGUCGGAGAGAAAUCUGGAGCCAGCCUGGAUGAGGGCGUUGCAAUA